GGACUGAGCAUUUCAGAUCUGCUUGUAACCUGGUACACCACCAUGCUGGCCCCAAAACCUGUAUGUCUCCGGACGCUACCUUCCAGGGUUUUCCAACCAGCUUUCACCAAGGCCUCCCCUGUUGUGAAGAAUUCCACCACGAAGCAUCAACGGCUCUUAACACCCAUCAGGGAAUAUGCCACGAAGACAAGAGUUGGGAUCGGGCAUGGGAAAACUGUCCAAGAACUUAAGGAGGCAGCGGUGGAACCAUCAAUGGAAAAAAUAUUCAAAAUUGAUCAGAUGGGAAGAUGGUUUAUUGCUGGAGGGGCUGCUGUUGGUCUUGGAGCAUUGUGCUACUAUGGCUUGGGAAUGUCUAAUGAGAUUGGAGCUAUUGAAAAGGCUGUAAUUUGGCCUCAGUAUGUGAAGGACAAUAUUCAUUCUACCUAUAUGUACUUAGCAGGAAGUAUUGGUUUAACAGCUUUGUCUACCCUGGCAGUGAGCAGAACUUUUGUAAUUACAAACUUCAUGAUGAGAGGAUCUUGGGUGACAAUUGGUGUAACCUUUGCAGCCAUGAUUGGGGCUGGAAUUCUGUUACAGUCAAUACGAUACGACCAGAACCCAGGCCCAAAGCAUCUUGCUUGGUUACUACAUUCUAGUAUGUUCUAACUUUAAAUUUUUAUUAAAUAACCUUCAUUACUAUCUUCUUU